AUGCACAGGCUUAUUGUAUGUAUAGAUGGGUCCUGGGAUGACUCCACCAGCACACCCAAUCAUUCCAACAUUGUCCACCUUCUCCGAUCAAUUGAGACAAUCGAUAAACGCACUCAGCCAUCAGUAAUGCAAUAUGCCCAAUAUAGAACGGCUCACUUCAGCUCCUCUCUCCUCUCACAGCUCCUCGGAGUAGCUUAUCAAUCCUUCUCAAAUUGCUUAUUCGAGCUCUAUGCAUUUCUCUGCAUGAAUUACAGUGAAGACGGCAAAGAUGAGAUCUUUCUUUUAGGAUAUAGCAAAGGUGCAUAUGUUGCUCGCAUUCUCGCCGCUGUUAUCAACGAAAUUGGCAUUCUUCCGCGAGACCAGCUCAGACGCUUUUUCCCAAUUUUAAAGGCCUUCUUUGAGCGCAAGAGGGGUGGGAAGGUGGCCUCAGAGGCUGAGGAGGUGCUCAAGCCAUGGCUGCUAUCAUCACCAUCCAAUACACGCCACCUGGAGCAACAAUUUAUCAUAAAAUGCUUAGCACUGUUUGAUUGCACUGUGAAACCCUCCCCGAGUCUGCCAGGCAUCACUUCCAAAUUCAAUUCCAUUAUAACCCGGCCAGAAAGCUACUUCGGUCUUCCGGAUGCGCUCCUCGGCCAACGCAUCCAACACUGCUAUCACGCUAUGGCUCUCAACGAAAACCGCGCCAAUCAGCGCGAACUCCGGCUGGAGUUGUUGAGGGGGAGUGAAGAUAUGGGUCAGAAAUGCAAGCAAGUAUGGUUCACAGGCAGUAGUGGUGAUAUUGGCGGAUCAUACUCGAUGAAAGAAUUAUCUGAUAUAAGCAGAAUGUGGAUCGCUAGUCAAAUAAACCCACUAAUUUCUCUCAAUAAAGAGGUGUUGAUGGAACAGCUCGCGAUGCCUGUAUUCAGAUACGCAAUCCAGCCACCACACAACCCCUACACAUCCAAAUUAACAACCUUAAUGCCAGUGAAGCGCAAGCCAAAGCUAAUCGAAGGCGGUACAGAGCGUAUUCACUCUAGCGUACUCUUGGGCUCACCAGAUCUCGCUGAGCCUGUGAUUGCAGCUAUAGAGAAAAACUCAAACCUUAUAGAGGAGCUGAGUGAGCUGGAGGAUGAAUUUAUGCGCGAGUGGACUGUCACUGACUCGCGUGACACUGACGAUUUGGAGAUCACAUACGCUCUCGACAUCAAGCAUUACAAUGAAGAGGAGAAUGAAAGUUGGGUGAGGAAGGUGCUCUACACCCUGCAGCUUGUUGUUGCUUACGUCAUAAUUUCACUUUUGAGGAGAGCAGGGAUGUUGUUUGGGGUCAAUAUUCAGCGUUUAUAG